AAUAAUUUCUCCGAUUCUAUUACAAGAAUUCGUUUUUUUUACUUUGGAAAUCAUGCCAAAAAAAUUCAGAGGAGAAAAUACUAAAGUUACGGCUGCAAAGGAAAAGAAAGCCGUACACCAAAAGGAGGUUAAUUCCAAGAAACAAGCUGAGAAAGAACGAAAAGAGUCCGAAGAGUGGUCAGUAGGAGCAAAAGAUACUUCAAAAAAAGAAGCUCAAAGACUGAGAAAAGAAGCUCAAUUAGCAAAGAAAAAUGAAGCAGCAAAAUUAUUAGAACAAGAAGAAAAAGAACUUUCGAAAUAUAAGCCUGUAAUAAAAUUAACAAAGAAAUCGGGUGAAGAGACAAAGGCUAUCAAGAAGACUCAGAAAGUUGAACAAGAAGCCACGGAGAGAAGAGAAAUUCCUGAAUUUUCUGCAUCUAAUAUAGAUGAUGCUUUAGAUUUAUUAGAAAAUAAUGGUGGUGGUGCUCCUACAAGUGCUUCUAAUAUUGAAAGACAUCCAGAAAGAAGGUUUAAGGCUGCUUUCCGUGCAUAUGAAGAACAUGAGAUGCCAAAACUUCGAAAAGAAAAUCCUGGAUUACGUUAUGCUCAAUUACAUAAUCUUUUGUACGAAAAUUUCAAAAAAUCACCCGAGAAUCCUUUCAAUCAAACCAAUGUUUUAAGAUACAAUGCUUCAAAGAAUGAAGAAAUAGAUCUGAUUGAAACAACAAGAAAGAAUAUAGAAGACCGGCUAAGAGUUUAAAUUGCCGAAUAUCUACGCAAUUUUUGGUUUUUGAUUUUCCGAUUUUCCGAUUUUCCGCUUCCAAUUUAAGGAAAUUACUUGUAUUUUUAAUGAAAUUACCGUAAUUUAGAAAUUAGAUUACCCAUCUUAUUUCUCUAUAGUUACUAUGUUGGGGGAAUCCCCAAUAUAAAAUAUCACGUGAUUAAACAUUAUAUUAAGUUCACCUGCAUAAAAUGUAGGGGGGGUUUUACAUUAUUAAGAAAAUUGCGAAAUUUGAACAAUUUACCAAUUUAUUUAUUUUAUUUUAUUUAUUAUUAAGGGGGAUGAAAAAUAAAAUGACAGUUUAAAAAACACUUUAAACAAUAUAUAUAAAUAUUUCAUGAUC